AUGGCGCUGCUGCUGGAUCUCCUCAGGCGGGUGCUGGAGUACCUCGGCUGGCCGGCCCACCAGGCCAUAUUUCUGGAAGCUCAUAGAUUCAAUAGCAAUAUAAGUCGCACAAUCAGAACGUGCCUUCCUUCAGCCUUACCAAGAAGGCAUUUGCAGCAGCUGUAUGCCAUCAUAAGGAAGUAUCAGGUCAAGGUUGUAUCUGUUUGCCAAAGAAAGGAAUAUGGGUCAACUCGAAGUGUUGUUCGUAGACUUGGCACAAUUCUUUCUUUAAAGCCUUGCCCAAGACCUUAUUUUCAACUUGUUCAAGACCCAAGUCCAUUGGAUUAUGAUGAACAAAGCGCAGCUCCAAAUCCUGUAGUUCCCUCACUUGGUGAUGUCCUGUGGGUGGCAAGUGAGGAGGGACAAGCAUUUACUAGAUUUAGGAGUGAACUAUGGAGAAAAGAAAGUACAGUUCACCAUGACUUACCUCCAUCUGUAGUUUCCUUACCAAAUGUUCCAAAAAACAGUACACAAAAAGACAGUCAUGUUGACCAAGAAGCACUCCGGAAGAUUUCUGCACUUGAAGAUGAGUUAACCUUUCUUCGUGCCCAAAUUGCUGCGAUUGUUGCUGCACAGACAUUGGGAAACAUUCCAUCACAAACCUUUAAAACGUUUAGCAUGCCAGAUGGAUCUUACCCAGUGCCAGCAAUGACUUCUACGCCCUUGUCCAUCUCUCACAGUCACUUUGUAAUUCCCUCGCCUCCUCCACUUCCCUCUGGUGCACUAUCUGGUGUUGAUGCUAGUAAUUCGGCAAUUGAGCUUAUAAAACAACGUCGUGCUGCAAGGAAGAGUGGUUCAACUACAACUGAUAGUGCUGAUCACCAGAGGACAAAGAAUGUUCCUAGUAUGAUGGAUGUUUUGAAAGACCUAAACAAGGUUCAACUGAGAGCUACUGAGAGGUCACCUGGAGGUACCCCUCUUUCUAGACCCCCCAAAAGACGGAGUUCGGAUUGGGAUCCAGUUGCUCUAUUAACUCAUGCACUAAAGCAGAAAUUUGCAUAUAAAAAUGAUGAUGAAGAUGAUUCACUGGAUAAAGAAAAUCAAUCUUUUGAUAGCUCCCCAUUUUCUAGUCCAGAGAUCCCACUGGUUGGACGUUGCGGUCUGAAGCCCAGUGCAAAAUCUAGCCUCGUAAGAACUGAUGAAGUUAAGCAGCUAUCAACGUGGAAAGUGAAAGCUCAUAUUUAA